UUGCUCUUGGUUAAUACAUUUUGAUGGAACUUUAUAAUUUGUGAAUUUAUGUUUUAUACAUAAAAAAAAAACCUGCAAGGUAUGACAUUCACUAGAAGUUUCUAUAUAGUAUAUCAAAAUAAAUGUAUUUAUAUGGCCUUGGUCUAGCAUUACAUUCAGACAAUAGUUAUUACUUCCAACCAUCAUGCACAAGGUUAGUUAGCUUGGCUGAGCAUGCAUGCAUCAUGAAACCUCUUUGGCAUGUUAAAAAUUAAAGGGGGGAAUUUAUCAAGGGAUUUACACUAUUGUUUUGUGUAUAUUGUUUAUGUCACAAAAAUGUUGCAUGUGAGACUUUUAGUGGUACGCCAGCCUGAACAAUUUCUUACUAAACAGAUGUUUUACGUGUGAUCUGCUUUUUACUUUGCAGUGAUCAGUGAUUUAUGAUGUGCGACUUUUCUAAAAAAAAAAAAAAAAAAAAAAACAAUUUUAAAAAAAAUCACAGAUUUGUCGCACAGCCUUCAAUUACACAAAAAGCCCCCAGACCUGGCCAAAAAAGCAUUGCACGUGUGGAAAAAGUCACACAAAAGUCACAAAAAAAGGGGUCAUACAAAGUGGUGUUCUAAAGUGAAAUUUCACAAUUUUACUAGCCCCAUAUUUAUCACACGCCCUACACCAUGUAAUAAAUUCAGUGCAUGUACACUUACAUAAUCAAAACAUGUGUAUAAAAUCUGUGCAUUUAGACUUACUUUGAUAAAUUUCCCCCAAAAUACCUGACCUUUUUUCCCUCUGACAUUUGCUUUUGGAGGAGAGUUUGUAUGGCUCCAUACAAAUUAGCUGGUCAGGCAGUCCUGCAGAAAACAGAAGGUUUAUCUAAUGUAGAAGAACAGUCCAGAAAUUUCAGAGUAACAUUUACUGUAAAAAACAUAACCAUUGUAAUGGAUCUCACGACUAAAAAAACUGGUAAUGGUUUAUACAAUACAAUUUGCAUUUGCGAGCCCCAGUCCCAUUGUAUGACAGUAAAAUCAGCAGGUGGAUAGAAAGACGUGGGAGGAAUUUCCCUUUAUAAAUGCAGAGCAAGCAACCUGAGAUCACUGCUUAAAUAGAAAGAAAAAAACAAUAUAGAAGAAGACAAAGAAGGAAGCAAAUCACAUGUAUGGACUAAAAGCAACAGAAGAUACAGCUAUGUUGACCAUACCAAUGCCGGUGUUUACCGCCAUUGCCAUGGUGGUUGGAGGUAUAGGAAGCAUUUUCGUUUUAGUCCACUGUGUCUUACAAGGAACCAGUCAAAGGCUUACCCCAUUUUUUAUAAUAGCUUUCUCUUUGUGCAUGAGUAACCUUGUCCUGAUAUGCAUACAGACCACAAAUGAGUUCUUGGAACUUUUGGGAGAAACAUAUUCACACCUGAUGACAUUAUUGGACAGAGUAUCAAUGUCAUUCCUGUGCUACAGUCUAUGGUUGUGCACUUGGCUUUCCUUAUACUACCAAGUGAAAAUUGUACCAACUUUACCAAGACUUUAUGUUUGGUUGAAGCUGCGAUUUAUUGAUGUCUUGCCAUGGUUCUUGGUGUUUUCAGGACUAAUUUCAGCCACAGUUGGCUUCUGCAUCGUUUUGGAUGACACACAUGGUUUGCUUUUUAACUCAAGUAAUCUUUCCACUGGGAACAGACAAAUGACAUCUAAUGUGUAUUUGUUGCACGUUCAGUUAUAUUGUGCGUUUGUGUCAUUGUCAAUGCUGAUUACAUUCAAGUCAGUAAUGACGAUUAUUUUCUCUCUGCGUAGACAUGUGCAACAUAUGAUGCGCCAAUCUAGUGGAUUCACAAGCAUUAAUGUAGAGGCCCAUUACACAGCAGCAAAAACUGUGGUCACUCUUCUUGUUUUUAACUUCUUCUUGUUUCUAUCACAAGUUAUUGGCUACCUUAGGAAUGAUGUGUAUUCGGUGUCUAUAUUGACAUCAGUCACUCUAUCAGCUUUAUUAACCAUCUGUCCAUACAUUUUAAUCAAUGGCAAUUCCAAACUGAAGAUGGAAGCAAAAGCAACUUUUCAACGGAUUUUUCAUGAACUGCGGAAUGAGAAACUUUCUAACUGA